AUUAAAGCUACGUAUCCACUAGGCAACAUUUGGCGCGCAACACGUGACGCUCAACAUGUUCAGCAACGUUGCACAACAGCGCGCGACGUUGCCAGCUGGCGCGCAUCAUGACGCGGAGCUUGUUGUUUGCAUCGCAGUUGAGCAUUUGUUGUCAAUUAGUGGAGACGUGACGCGCAGCAAUAAUGUCUGUAGUGUGGUGUAAUGAACGAGUGCUCAAAUUAAUAGAAUUGUACCAAAAUUAUGAAUGUUUGUGGGAUACUGCUCACCGAGAAUAUAAAAAUAAAUUAAUAAAACAAGAUGCAUGGGACUCAAUAGCGAAAACAUUAGAUGUGCCUGUAAAAGAAGUUGAAAGCAAGGUACAUACUCUUCGAUCGCAAUUUUCCCGCGAAAGGAAAAAGUUGAAAAGUUCAAAAAAAACAGGAACUGGCAGUGAUGACGUUCUGAACAUUACAUGGUUUGCAUAUAAACCUUUGCUGUUUUUAAUAAAAGGUGAAACAACAACUGGAAAUAAGGACACAAUUAAGAAUCAUGUAAGUUGUUUAUUAUUAUUAAAUACUAAAACUAGAUAUGAAAUUAUGAAAAGUGCCAAAAAGAAGAUGAAGGAACCUAAAGACGAAUUUGAAAUUUAUGGCCAGUAUGUGGCAUCUGAAUUGAAAAAUGUGAAAAACCAAAGAACACUGUUACAGGCCAAGUAUUACAUAAAUAAUAUAUUGCUACAAGCGAGAAUGGGCAAUUUCGAUAGUAAUUAUUUUGGUGGAUAUCAAGGCUAUGGAGAUGGAUGGCUCGGCUAUGGCGACGGAUACCGCACCACAUCAUCAACGUCGACAUAUGCUGAUGCAUCUACACCAACGCAGACACCAGAACCCCAAGUCCAUACUGCUACUGGUGACGAGUUGCGCUUUAGUAAUCUUGACGAAAUAGUUUCCCAGUUGGAAGAUGGCACACAAUAA